UCAACGCCAACCACGACUACACACACAAACGUAUUACCCUUCACACAGCGAUUUUGCCAACUUUUCUAAAAAAGAUAAAGAAUGGUUUAGUAUUAAUUAUUGACAAUUGCCUAAAACUAGUAAAUUAACACAGUAGUUCCCAAAAAUCAAACUCUUCGCGGCCAAAUCAUGCAGCUGCAAUUUAAAUCCUUGCUGCUAAUGCAAUUGGCCCUCUUCAUCAUUUGCUGUCUGGACGAGGCUUUCGGAUCUGGUCGUGACUUUUACAAAAUUCUAAAUGUGAAACGUAGUGCUAACACAAAUGAAAUAAAGAAGGCAUAUAGACGAUUAGCCAAAGAACUACAUCCUGACAAAAACAAAGAUGACCCAGAUGCGUCCACAAAAUUCCAAGAUCUUGGUGCCGCCUACGAAGUGCUCUCCAAUGCUGACAAACGCAAGACCUACGAUCGCUGCGGUGAGGAGUGCCUAAAGAAGGAGGGCAUGAUGGAUCACGGUGGUGAUCCGUUCUCUAGUUUCUUUGGUGACUUUGGAUUCCAUUUCGGCAACGGAGAUCCACAUCAGCAAGACACCCCCCGUGGAGGUGAUAUUGUAAUGAAUAUGUAUGUCUCGCUGGAGGAGCUAUAUUCCGGUAAUUUCGUGGAAAUCGUACGUAACAAGCCUGUAAUGAAGCCAGCUUCGGGUACGCGAAAGUGCAACUGCCGUCAGGAGAUGGUUACAAGGAACUUGGGUCCAGGCCGUUUCCAAAUGAUACAGCAAACUGUCUGCGAUGAGUGUCCCAAUGUCAAACUGGUCAAUGAAGAGCGUACUCUCGAAAUUGAAGUGGAACAGGGCAUGGUCGAUGGACAGGAGACACGCUUUGUAGCCGAAGGUGAACCUCAUAUAGAUGGAGAACCAGGUGAUCUGAUUAUACGCAUACAACAGAUGCCCCAUCCGCGAUUCCUCCGCAAGGGCGAUGAUUUGUACACAAAUGUGACCAUAAGUCUUCAGGACGCUUUGAUCGGGUUCUCCAUGGAAAUCAAGCACUUGGACGGUCAUCUUGUUCCCAUUACAAGAGAAAAAAUAACAUGGCCCGGUGCUCGCAUACGCAAGAAGGGCGAGGGUAUGCCCAACUAUGAGAAUAAUAAUCUGACUGGCAAUCUUUACAUCACUUUUGAUGUGGAUUUCCCCAAAAAGGAUCUGACUGAUGAAGACAAAGAGGCCCUUAAGAAAAUACUCGACCAAUCGUCUAUCAACCGCAUCUAUAAUGGCCUGUGAUCUGGUUUGAGCUUUUGGGAACCAAUUCCCCACCACCAUCAGCACCCCCCCUUGGCUGUACAUUACUAAGCUCAGAAAUUGAAGAUGACUUUGUUACAAAAGUUGUGCGCUACCACUUUAAUUAUAGUUUAGCAAUUAUAAAGAAAAAAUAGAAAAAAGAAACAAAACACAAAAGGUAACAGUUUCCAAAAAAGAUCUAAUGGAACAAAAAUAAAUGAAUGUUUUAAAUUAUAA